UAAAUGGCUUAGAUAAUGCAUGCAUUUGAUUUAAAAUAUUGGUAUCACCCUUUAACAGAAACAGCCCACGGCAGUCAUUGGCGUAAAUAUAACCAUUUAAUACACAUCGGAUAUAUAUGUUAUACAGUACGAUUUACCAGUGAAACAUCUUUAAGAACAUCAGGUGUAGUGAGUCUGCCUCAGUUGAAGCCUAUUGAAAUCCAGACAAAUAAUUCAAACAGCAUGGAAUCUGUCGAGAAAACCGCACCACAACAAGAUCAAAGAAAACCAUACCAAUUUUCGUCAACAUUCAGCUCUUAUUUGACGCUUAUAGGAUAUGCUCUUGGAAUGGGAGAUAUUUGGCGGUUUCCAUUUAUGGCAUAUAGGAAUGGAGGAGGUGCUUUCCUUAUACCGUACGUUGUCAUGGUAAUAGUCUGCGGGAUUCCAUUGUAUUUUCUUGAAUAUUCCAUUGGGAAAUUUGCCGGUCGAGGACCAUAUAGAAUCUGGGAUAUCAGCCCUUUGUUUAGAGGUGUUGGAAUCACUGUUUCUGUAGGAUAUGGUGUCUAUAUGGUUGGUUCGAGCAUAUUCCGGUGUUGGAUUGGACAGUGUAUACUCUACGCAUUCCAGGAUCCAAUACCAUGGAGUCAUUGUGACAAUGACUGGAACACGCCUUUUUGUAAAAGUAAUCGAAAUUUGGUUUCAAGGAACAGCAACGCUUUAGUACUUGUCGAUUUACAAAAUGGCAGCGGGAAUGGCGCCAACAUGACGUCGUCUGCAUGGGCAGGCGGACCAAAAACAGAUCUUUCUGUACAUCAUAACGUAACCGGAACUGAAAUGUCUGCUGCUGAAGAGUUUUGGCAAUACAAAGUUCUACAACUCUCUUCAGGAAUAUCAGAUUUAUCUCCCGUGAUUUGGCACUAUUUCUUGCAGAUGCUCAUUCUCAGAACCAUAAUUUGUCUCAGCGGUAUUAAGAGCAUCAAAUCCAUUGAAAAGGUAAUAUACGUCACGGCGCCUGUGCCAUUUAUCAUGACGGUCGCAAUUUUCAUCAGGUCCUUGAUGCUACCCGGGGCUGCAGAUGGCAUCAAGUAUUUCUUCUACCCUUCUUUCGAGACGUUACUUAGAGCUAGGGUAUGGAUAGAGGCAGCUCUGAUGGCGUUUUAUUCUUUAAGUUUUGGAUGGGGAGGAAUAAUACUGAUGGCGUCACAUGCAGAUUUCAAAGAUAACUGUCUCAGGACAUCCAUCGUUCUCCCAGCUAUUGAUGCACUUGCAGCUAUUUUCAGUGGACUUGUUUGUUUUUCUAUACUCGGAAACAUGGCGGAUUCCUAUGACGUCGACAUAAGAGAGGUUGUUAAUGCAGGAAUGUCUACUGGAAUUGUGGCAUACAUCACAGCCUUGUCGUCUCUCCCUAUACCACAACUUUGGGCUGGAUUGUUCCUUAUCUCGAUGUAUCUCACUGGAGUGGAAUCGCAGUUAAUUCCACUCGAGAUGAUCAUGCAGUUUAUCGGUGACUUGUAUCCUCGGAUGAAGCCUGGUACCCGGCUUAUCGCUAUUUUUGUUGUCUCAUUAACGUUGUAUGUCUUGUCGUUACCUACAUGCACGGGGGGUGGCGGGUACCAGUUUCUGUGGACGGACUGGUACAGUGGUGCGUGGAUCGGACCUAUUGUUGCUGUCGUGGAGGUGGUGGUUGUCGCCUGGAUCUAUGGUCUGGAUCGACUCAAUGAAGACGUGAACAUGAUGAUAGGACGAAGAAUUCCCGCCAUUUUACGUAUUGCACUUGCCGUUGUAUCUCCAGCCGUUAUUACCGUAAUAUUCUUCACAAGUUUGGUUGAAUAUGUACCGCCUAGGUACGGCUCAUACUCCUAUCCUACAUUAGCAAGGAUCCUGGGCUGGCUGCUGGUUGCUAUAAUUAUGAUGCCUAUCGUAGGACAAGCUGUUUACAGUGUUAGGCAAGCCGAAGGACCUUUCAUUAAGAAAAUAAAAUAUCUGACUGAACCAACGGAAUCCUGGGGCCCUAAUGACGAGGAAAAAAUGGCAGAAUAUCAAGAAAAGAAAUCAAAAUACAACAGCAGAACAUUCAAAGAUUUAUUUUACUUUAACAUGUUUGGAAGUUACCCUUCAUCGUCCGCUAUGCACCGAGUGUCUACUCAGGAACUGGAGUGGUUGAAAAAAUAAUCUGUUCAUUUAAGAACAAGAGAAAUGGUUAAGGAUUCAGUGUUGUUAUAUUUUCUUGGCAUUUCGAGGGUUCAACGCAAUAAGGGCGUAUCUACAUAUAAAAAUUAUAUCCAGAUACGCCCUUAUUGCGUUGAACCCUCGAUUUGGGAUCAUGGAGUACAUUCAUUUUUACAAUAAAUGAAUUUCUCUUUGGUCGGUAACAUGGGGCGUGCGUGGAGUUGCACUUUUCAUUACAUCUCAUGAACAGACUCAGCUGCUCGAUUACGUUCAAUGCUUCCAGUGGAUCUUUUCACAGAUUUUAUUAAUUGUGGUACAGCAAUAUCAGCUUUUUAUUUAUUUUCAUUAACACACGAGCCUAAAUAAUCAUGUGUUGGUACAAGUUGCAUUUAAAUGAAAAAAGCGAAUUUUAAACUAUCUUGUGGUAUUUAAUACAGAUAUCCUCCGUAAAUGAGAAAUGUAAAUAAGAAUUAAUACAUAUUCCUGAAUGGUUUCUUAAGUAAAGCAGUUUUAAAAAAGCAUGACAACUGUCUAAUUAUUCACGUAUUCAUGCAUGCUCUGACAUAGAAGUACAUUUUAUAUAGAUAUAUUCAUACAGAUAUAAUUAUAAAAACAAGGACGCAGAUUCAAUAAGAAUAGCCACGAUAGCAGAAAGCAGGCUUCCCAAAACGAUCGACACCCUACAGUAGUGUAUGUAUGCAUAUCUAAAUGAUUACCAUUUACUUGAAAAUGCAUAUGCAAUGUAGAAAAGAUAAGAGAACAAGGAGAAAAAAAAAGAACAAGGAAACACACCGGGGCACCGCUUAAGAACGCUCUUAGUGGCAAAAUACUCUAGGGAGAUCUCGACCAUGACGAUCAUUUUGUACAACAUGAAUUAAUCUCACAAAGUGGCAAUUUAAAAACUUACAAUUUUCUUCAAUUUUGUUUGGUUUCGCAUUAUUUUUGCAAAUGAUAAAAAAGUUAACAUGUCACCUUUGUGCGACCGUAAUAAAGUGGCACAAAAAUUUGAUAUAGAAAUAAUAUCUCAUUUACAAUCUUUACGCACAGUACCUCGAUACGUUAUAAAGAAUUAAUUUUCAUAGACCUAGUAUGUUACAUAAAAAUCAUUAAUCAAUCAUUUAAUUGUCAAAAUGAAACAUUAAGUAGGGGCAGUACAGUUUCAUAUUGAAUUGCUUCCAUGGCUUAAUAGCUUAAUUAAGACAGGUUUUACUGCAUGUGAAAAAGUGUAAUUGAGUCGCACAAUGAGAAAA